UCUCCUAUAUGCGGAUGAAGUAUCUCUUCAUCUCUUGGUUAGUAGUAUUUAUCGGCAGCUGGGUUAUGUAUGUUCAGUACUCCACCUACACAGAACUAUGCAGAGGACAUGACUGUAGGAAAAUAAUAUGUGAUAAAUACAAGACCGGAGUUAUUGAUGGGUCAGCAUGUAGCAGUCUUUGUGCUAAAGAAACAUUGUAUUUUGGAAAAUGUUUGUCAACAAAGCCCAAUAACCAGAUGUAUUUAGGAAUCUGGGGAAAUCUGCAAGGUGUUAUAAAAUGCCAGAUGGAAGAAGCUGCUCAACUUGAUUUUGAUACUGACCCAGAACCAAGGAAGGAAAUAGUCCUAUUUGAUAAACCAACAAGAGGAACCACUGUUGAGAAAUUCAAAGAAAUGGUAUAUGGUCUUUUUAAAGCAAAAUUGGGUGAACAAGGAAAUCUUUCAGAACUGGUUAAUCUCAUCCUAUCUUUUGCUGAUGGAAACAAAGAUGGUAGAGUUUCUUUGCCAGAGGCGAAAUCUGCAUGGGCACUUCUGCAGCUAGAUGAGUUUCUGUUAAUGGUGAUCUUGCACGAUAAAGAACAUACUCCCAAGUUGAUGGGGUUUUGUGGGGAUCUCUAUGUGACCGAAAGAGUUGAAUAUACCCCUCUCUAUGGAAUCAGCCUUCCAUGGAUUAUAGAACUUUUCAUUCCCUCUGGCUUCAGAAGAAACAUGGACCAAUGGUUUACUCCAUCAUGGCCAAGAAAGGCAAAAAUAGCUAUAGGGCUUUUAGAAUUUGUGGAAGAUAUUUUCCAUGGACCUUAUGGAAACUUUCUUAUGUGUGAUACAAGUGCCAAAAACUUGGGAUAUAAUGAUAAAUAUGAUUUGAAAAUGAUGGACAUGAGAAAAAUUGUGCCAGAAAUGAAUUUGAAGGAAAUAAUUAAAGAUCGUCAGUGUGAAACGGAUUUGGACUGUAUUUAUGGCACAGACUGUAGAACUCUAUGUGACCAAAGCAAAAUGAGAUGUACCACGGAAGUAAUUCAGCCAAACUUGGCAAAAGCCUGUCAGCUACUUAAAGACUAUCUGCUUCGUGGUGCUCCUUCUGAUAUCCAUGAAGAACUAGAAAAACAGCUGUACUUGUGUAUUGCCCUUAAAGUCACAGCAAAUCAGAUGGAAAUGGAGCAUUCUUUAAUACUCAAUAACUUAAAAACUUUACUGUGGAAGAAAAUUUCCCAUACAAAUGAUUCUUAGCUUCUCCACCAGCAGAAGAUAAUAUUGAUGCCUGCCACUAAAGGUGGCCUACCACAUUUGAUAAAAACAAUCAUCUGCAGCAUUUUUUAAAGACGUUUCUUUACUCAGAUUUCAUGAACGGCUCUUUAACUCUUGCCCUUCAGUCAGUACCUUAUGACCGGGCUUCUCAAAGAACGAACAUGGCACUGAAUGAUCGGGCAGAGGCCAGAAGCACUUCUGACAUUCCAGCACUCUGUUAUGGAAACAAAAACCCCGCAUGCUUGACUGUUCCGUGCACUUUGUCAGCUCUUGAACAGGAUGAAAGUAUUCACUGUGCCACCACAUCAACUGAUGGAACAUCUUACAAUUCUGUGAAAAUCAUUGCUUACUUGUGAAAUACCUGCAAAAGAUUUUUGUCCCAAGUAGUUUUAUGAAGAACCACCACUACUGCAAAUAAUGUGUCUGAGUCCAAGCUGCUGUUGUGAAUAAACUGAACUGUGAAAUUGAAGUUUACUAAUACCUUGGCAUGGCAGAAUUUGCACAUUAGUAAUUUUUAAACUGUGGAAAAUUAGAAUUCUAGAACUGACAGGUUGUAAUACGAGACUUAAAUCAGAUUCUGUUUACACCUUGUUACCUCAUGCUUACAUCUUGAAUGUUUAAGUAGUUCAACACUUUUUAAUUAAGUCCUUAUACAGUGAACCAUGUUGGGAGCCAAGAAUUUUAGAAUGUGUUAUUUCUUAAAAUCAUGUAUACAGUCUAGCAGCAAUAUCAACAUCUGUUUCAAAAACUGUAAUUACUGUACUUCAGUUGAAACCUUUAACCCAAAUUAAGCUGUAGCAAAUAUUGAGAAGUAAGGAGUUUGUGGACUAAGCUAUUUUAUGAGAACUGAAGUCAACUAAUUUUUAAAAAUACUGAUAGCAGAAACAUCCUAACAGUUAAAGGAAGCUUGCAUAGUAUAGGAAUCUGCUGUAUGACAUGUGAAACAAGUAAUAGUUGUGGAUAAAGCCUUGACUCCUUACUGUCCCUCCAAAUUUAGCUACAGACUUGUACUUACUUCCUGCAGUAGUUCAAGAGGAUUUAUGUAAGCCAGAACUAGACCUGAACUGUAGGACAGAAGCUGGAUGGUUCAGGAUCAUGGAAUAUUGCUUAAAUGGGAGCCUGUAAGAUAAUAACAGCUAGGAAUGAGGUGGAACAUACAUAAGUGAGCUGCAGCAUGUUACUGUUUUCUAGUAGCAUCUGUGCGUCAUUGUUAAGUCUCAAGUCAUGAGUAAAUAAACAGCAUCUGAUCCUGGCACUCCACAUGGCAUGGCCACUGUACCACCUUUCAGCUGCACACCUGUUUCGCAGAUUUACAUCCACGUUCACAAUUAUGCAGAAUUGGAUGUCCAUAAAACACCUUAAUAAUACCAUGCUCAAUACUUAUCUGUUAAUGUUUAAUUUAUAAAUGCUUUAAGUAGGAAGUAGUUCAAUCCUUAAUGAUUUUAAUGGCAGUCAUCCAUACACUUCCAAAUCCUGGCCCCUUAAUUCGGUUUCAGCACAGGUAAGAAGGACAAGCUUUUAUUUAAAUAUUUGAAAGGCUGCUAAUUGCUUUAGGUAUCCUGUGUUAAGUGCAUUCCUUGAAUGAUUAAACUGAAGUACAGGAACAACAUAAAGUCAUUUCUCCAUACGAUAUGUAACAGUAUGCAGCUUGGGUUAAGAGUGUACUGUUUUGUAAACAUCAGCUUUUUAGUUUAAGAAUUACUAUGCUAAUGCUAAUUAUUGUCUCUAACUUGAUAAUGUCCUCCAAGAGCUAGUAAGUAUUUGUAGCCAGCAAUGCACUCAAAUGUAAAGUGGUCAUGUUCUUGGUAGAAAAAUCUGACUGUACUUGCUCUAGGUUUUGGGCAGAGAAGAUUACUGAAUCCAAAAUGAUGUUGGGUAUUUUAAACAACUGGAAAACAUGUACAGAACCUUCUUUUUUAUUGCUGUUGCAUCAAGUUGGAACUUUCAUUGGAAAAAAGAACCACUGCACUUGUUUACAAUAAAUCACAGGCCUCCUUUUCUC